CCAUUUGUCUUAUCAAACACCACACCACACCAGAACUCAGCUAUGGCUUCUCAUAAUGCUAUUCUUCUUCUAAUCUUGGCCGUUGCAUGCUUCUCACCGGCGAUCGCACAGAGUACUUGCUCUACACAGAACGUACGAUCCGCCGAGAGAACACCGUUCGAGUCUUGCCUAGACCUUCCCGUACUCGAUUCCUACCUCCAUUACACCUACAAUGCCUCCAAUUCAUCUCUCUCCGUCGCAUUCGUCGGCACUCCAUCACAACCCAACGGCGGCUGGGUCGCUUGGGCUAUCAAUCCGACGGCUACUGGGAUGGGCGGUUCUCAGGCCUUCGUCGCAUUCAGAUCCGGCGCCGGCGCGCCUGUCUCCGUGAGGACGUACAACAUUAGUAGCUACAGCAGUCUCGUCGAAGGCAGACUUUCCUUCGAAUUUUGGGAUCUACGCGCCGUCUCCAUGAGCGGCGGUAGGAUCGCGAUUCACACGUCGGUUAAGGUUCCGGCCGGAGCCGAUAGCGUUAACCAGGUCUGGCAGAUCGGCGGGAAUGUUACUAACGGUCGUCUUGGAGUGCAUCCUUUCGCUCCGGCGAAUUUAAACUCCAGAGCCGUGCUGAGACUCACCGGCUCUGACGCUCCAGCCUCUGCUCCGGGCUCUUCUCCGGGCUCUGCUCCGGGACCGAGCAGUACCACCGGUGGCUCGACCACUCCCGGAGAGGCGGGAGGUCCAGGGAACGCGGGGUCGAUGACGACAAGCGUAAAUUUCGGGGUUAAUUUGGCAAUUUUGGUUUUGUUGGGUAGUGUAUUUAUUUUCUGGAUUUGAUCUUCUAUCUCUCUCUAUUCCUUUUUUUCGCACAAUAAUGGAGCCCCACACUUUUUUUAAAUACCCUUUUUAGUCGUAGAGUCAUUUACUCUUUUUGUUUUACCGCUUUUUUCGCCACAUUAAUACAUUAAUAUUGGAUUGUAUGGACCAUUGCUAU